GCUUUUCAGCAUUCAGGUCUUUAAUAUGAGUUGUAUCCCCAGACGCUGACCAGGGACUGUUUCUCUCAAACGCUUGCCAUUAAGAGGGCAGCUAUUAGCAUCGCUGAUGUUAACCAUUUCACUAAGCCUUGUGCUUUAUCUGUUUGUGAUUAUUUACCAAGUGGUUUUAUUAGAAUAACAAGCAAACCGCAUUCGUAUUGCCGUUUAUGUUACCAAACACCGGAAUUCGCAUUCAGUUCUUUAUUUUUAUUUUUUUUUAACUUCGAGGUCCUGGAACACAAUAACAGAGCAAGUUACACUCAGUAAUUUACAAAACCAACGACUAAAUAAAGGCGUUACGCAGCACAUUCAAAAAUAAUAAUCAGUAAACAAAACAGAGAGGUGUUGCUGGGCUCAGCUGUUGCUUUAUAUGAUUAGUCAGCAGUUACCUACUCCCAGUUUUACAAGGGAAAUAAUACAAGCUGUGAUACAAGUUGCCAGAUUCAUAGAAUCAAUAAUUACUUUAUUUCCAUGAAUCUAGCCCUAAUAACUAAAACCCUAUAUAUGCACCCUUUCACCCUUUAAAAAAUCUGUUCACUACCUCCGAGAUACAGCUGCUAACAGCUGGAAUCUAUGGAAGAGUUUCUUUACAGGAAUGUGUUAAGAAUUUUAACAAGCCAGCACUAACAUUCCAGAAAAUAAAAAUGUAAGUCCUGGCAUUUAUGAUUGAUUGCCUUUUACAAUUUCAGUAAAUUUUUGUCCUGUUUCAUAUUAACAGUGAAUAAAUAAAAGCAACUGAUGAUUGCUUGUCAGGUAAAGUUAGCUGGGGUUGGGCCAGUUACAUCAUCCUUAGGCAUAAAUAGUCACACACUGAGAUACAAGUAUAUAUAUAGGAGACACACUUCAUCAAGUGGGUGAGUCAUUUUGACACUACAUAUACAGCAUCACUCACAUUCAGAUAGGAAGGCAUCUAAGCACAUAACCAACAAAGGUCCGACAGGGGUCUAUAGACUUGAAGAAACAUUCACAGGACACGGCUCUAGGAGAGACACUGUGAGAUGGCGGAAGGGAAAGUAACAGUGCUCACGAUCCUGCCAGAGAAAUGCAACCUCCAUAUGGAGAACUAUAAGAAACCAAACCUGCUGUACUGUUACAAUGGAGGCUAUUUCCUGCGCGUACUUCCAAAUGGGGCAGUAGAUGGCAUCAGAGACAGAAGCGACAAACACAUUCAACUGCAGGUCACUGCCGAGAAUGUAGGAGUGGUGUCCAUAAAGGGACUAGAAGCUGGGAGAUAUUUAGCAAUGAGCACAGAUGGACAGCUGUGUGGAUCGCAGACACUGACAGAUGAAUGCUUCUUUCUGGAAACGCUAGAAGAAAACCAUUACGCCACUUACAAAGCCCAGAAGUACCAAGACAGAAACUGGUAUGUGGGAAUCAAAAAGAAUGGAAGAUGCAAGUCUGGAGAAAAGACUCACAUCGGACAGAAGGCUAUUCUCUUCCUCCCUCUUUCAGCCAGCAGCGAUUAGUCAACUGGACCACUGGAACCAGGGUCCAACAGCAGCCUGAAAAUAAGUGCUGUUCCAUUAAAUACAGCGUAAUGUUUAUCCUUCAACACAAACACAUACAGAGCACUAAAAAAAUAUCAUUACUCGGACACUAUCGCUAUGGACCAAUCACAGGUAAGGGAAGAGGGACUGCUCAACAUUCUCAGAGAACAGCAGCAUGGUCUUCAAGAAGGCGAGGUGCAGGGGUGUCCUGUCGCAGGAGAUAAAACACAAUUUCAUUUAGCUGGGUCAUGGUCUGACGUUGGCUGCUUGCCAUUAAAAUUCCACAAUAAAACAAAGAAGCCUGAAACGGACUGGGUUUACGAUGGCUCAACAUUUUUUACUAUGCGUUACCAUGGAAACAUUUGCCAGAUUUGCAUUAAGUUCUUCUACACUUUACUAUGUUUUUUAUACCAUAGUAUAUCACGCUAAACUUGUAUAAUGGGGGAGCCAGGCUUGCUUACUUCCCUCUAAAGAACUUGGCUCUGUUGGAACAAUAUGUACCUGCAGUUUGUCUUUUAGCUAUAUACACAACCGUUUGAUAAAACUAGUAAGCCUGUGUCUCAGGUGUGAGUGCAUCCUUUAGGUGUGGGAUUAUACCAUUACCAUCAUCGAAUUCAAUCGGGUCAUUUUUAAUAUUGAUUACAUGUGAUGUUCAAUAAAUAUAUGUUUUGCAAUUUUAUGGUCCUGUCCUUGUUUGAAUAGAUUUGAACAGGAAGAGGGAAGGUAGGAAAGGUCUAUUUUAACCAACGUAGCAAAGGUAUAUUUUAACCGGCCACCAAGCUUAUUUUAUUAUAACAGACAUUUCUACUAAAUUACGUUUUGCUGCAGCAUGCCUGGGGCGCAUUCUUAGUGCUGUUGCUUAGCACAGCCACAAGGUGUCAGUACUGGAUCAGAAGUGAGAGUCGUUUACAUAUGGCACUCAAACACAGUAUUUGUUUUGUAAUUUCAAAAUAUAUUUUCUAAUUAAAAUUAAUAGGACCCAGGGAAGGGGGGAGUUCAAUAUAAGAGCUGAUAUUUAAAAAAAUACACUUAUACAUUAUUAAUUGCAUUGCAACCCAGUGCUCUUACCAUUAAGCUAGUGAUGAGCUCUUACUGUGCCAUACUGCAGACGAUUUCUUUUCCAGUGUCGGGCUGUAUAAUUGGCUUUCACCAAAGGAAUUCAAAAACAGCCCUGUAUCACAUGCCCGUGAGGAUUGUGCCAAAGCGUUAUGGCUGCAACACAUUACAAGACUGUAUAUACGGUAGCUGCCGUUAGUCAUUCCACAAGCAGUGUGUUGGGUUCAACAGUAUCAUCACCUGAGUUUUAAUGUUUUUUCAGGUUUCUCCAGAUCGUACACAAGGAGAACAGAAGUAAGGCCCAGUGUCAUUCAGAGAGGUUGACGUAAUUAAAAUGUUGUACUAAUUGAAUUACCAAUUGACCGAGUGUUUUCUUACCUUGGCCCGACAGUGGGUAUGGUGACUCAUACAGCAUUCCCCAGUCAAGCUGAUCUCAUGCUGAAUGUAUGGUGAUGUACAGUAAAGAGGGUCUCCCCAAAGCCAGUGCUUGUGCUGUACUCUUUUUUUCUGUCUCAACAGACCUGACUUAAAUUUGAACGGUACUUGAUAAACUGCUUUCUCUCCAAUUUGUCAAAGCUUUCUGCCAUGUGAAUCGUUCUUGUGAAAGGAAAAUAAAUGUCAGUGUUGCAAACCACAGAUUAAUCUAAGGUCUCUGGUGUCCACUUAAAUUGUCUCUCACUACUGAAGUUUUAUAGCAUGUGUUGAGAAACAAAUGUUUUUCUUUUUCACAAAAAUAUUGCAAAUAGCACCCUUUUCUAAUUUUAUUUAAAAUGUAUAUUAUUCAAUGCUGUGCACCCUGUUUACCACAGUCAUUUUCUGGUUUUCCUAAUGCUUUCCCCGUGGUUAUAUUAUGUACAUAGCAUAGUUUGCCACAAUUUUGCGUUUACUAAUGUUGAAGAUCUUUUUGUGCCAGUGCUUUGUUUAUUACACUAUAAGGCAUUAGAAAAUACUGCAAUGUGAGUUUAAAAAUGGGUAAUAAACUUGCCAA